AUGAAGUACAGACAAUAUGCAUGUCUAGAUUGUGGGAAAUGCUUCACUCACAGCUCAACUCUUGCUACGCACCAGCGGACACACACAGGCGAGAAGCCCUAUGCAUGUUCUGACUGUGGAAAGAGCUUCACCAGAAGUUCUACCCUAGCUACACACCAAAGAAUUCACACUGGCGAAAGACCGUAUACCUGUAUAGAAUGUGGAAAGAGCUUUAUCCAGAGUUCACAUCUUGUUUUACAUCAAAGAAUUCAUACAGGACACAAACCCUAUUCAUGUAAGGAGUGUGGAAAAUGUUUUAGUGACCGAUCACAUUUUAUCAUACAUCAACGGACACACACAGGGGAGAAACCAUACACUUGUACUAAAUGCGGUAAAAGCUUCAGUAGUAACUCAAACCUUGUAGCUCAUCAUAAACUCCACACAGAAAACACAAUCUACAUCUGUAACCAAUGUGGAAAAAGCCUCAGUAAUAGACUAACUUUUGCUAGUCAUCAAAAAACCCACUUAGCAGACAAACCAUUUGUGUGUGUUGAGUGUGGGAAAGGUUUUACCCGCAAGUUGCAACUUGUCUUGCACAAGAGGAUUCACACAGGAGAGAGGCCGUUUGCAUGUAACGAGUGUGGCAAAAGGUACACCCGCAAGUCCUAUCUCAUCAUUCAUCAGAAGAUCCACACAACAGAGAUCUUGUAUGUGUGCAGUGACUGUGGGGAGAGCUUCCCUGAACAUGCUCAUCUCAAGACCCAUCAGAGGUUACACAAAGAGGAGAGUCUUAAAUCUGUUGAAAUGGCUUCAACUGUGGAGAAAUAAUCAGAAUCAAUAUAGUAACUUUACACUCUUGAUGAUCAUUGAUUUUUCAUGGUUUCACCAUUAUGAGUCUUAAAAGCACAGUAAAACCUUGUCCAAUGUAAGCUCAUUGAAAAAUGUUCACUUGAAGAUGGAAUUUUAGUUUGCCUAUGAGGUCCAUAUAAUUUGUAAUACAACCUUAUCCUAAAAAAUCAAAAAUAGAUUUAAAGUGAAGUUACAUUUGGGAGAGCAGAUAGUUUUUUUGGAGAACUUAAAGAUGAACCUAUUGCUAGAACAUGGAGGGCUUACUUGUUAACCAUUUUCCUGCUAGUGCUUUAAAGGUCAUAUUCCAACAUGGAAGAAUCAAUAUACUUACCAUCUGUAGAUCUGCAGAGCUUCUGCGAUAUUGUUUUAAAGAUUGCUAUACUACCACAGACCAUCAGCAGUCUUCAUUGCAUUAGAAAAAAAAAAGUAGGACAUUGACUAUACUGUUGAGACGUAUGAUGCAGUGAAAUUACCCACAUUUUAGCACCAGGAAACUGACAUUAUUGCAUCUUCUGGUUUGUUUAUUAGGUGACUAAUAAACUGAACAUUGGUUCAUUUAAAUAUUUUUUUGUGUUUUAAGUUUUAUGGAGCAGGUACCUUCUUUCUUAAUGUGUUCAUACCUAUUGUAGUCUGAUCAAGAUAUCUGUAGACUACAUCUGUUAGCGCUUUAUAAAAAGAUACAUACAUACAUUGAGAGUAUCGCAGAGGUGGUCAAGACAACAUAUUACUCCAACACUUUGACUUUCGGUUUUGAUGAAAAGGAAUCUAUAGACGUGUAUCAUUUGUGAAAAAUUAUACUUAAAUUAGUAAGUCAUUGUUCAAUUCUGGUAAUGCAAAUUGUUGAAGGAAGACACAUAAAGCCAUAUCUGUUACCUCAAGGUAGGUCAUAGGAUACAAGUGCAUGGGCAAGCACAAGUAGGCGAGCAACCACAAUUCCAGGGAUACCAAAAAUAUCAUAAUUCCCAAACAAACAUUAAAAAACAUGUCUAUGGCUGAGUAUAUUUUGCUUU